GAGGAAUAAUGAGUUAGAUUAAAAAAACAAAUCAGAAGCGAAGGGCGUCAACGUCGACGCUUCUUUCGUCUUCUAUUUGAGAGCAUCCCCAAAAUUUAGAAACUUUUGAAAUCCCUCUCCUUGGGUUUUCUCUGCGUUGCUUCGUCGUUCCAGAAACGCAGAGGGAGAGAGAGCUCCGGCGUGAUGGGUGCUACUUCUUCUUCAUCGGUUUCCGAGAGAUCCAUUCAUCAAUUCACCGUCAAGGACAGCUCCGGCAAGGACUUCGGCCUGAGUAAUUAUCAAGGGAAGGUCCUUCUCGUCGUCAAUGUCGCUUCCAAAUGCGGUUUCACCGAAUCCAAUUAUACACAGCUCACCCAACUCUACUGCAGAUACAAGGACAGAGGGUUUGUGGUAUUGGCGUUUCCAUGCAACCAGUUUAUGAACCAAGAGCCAGGGACAAGUCAAGAUGCUCAUCAAUUUGCUUGUACAAGGUUCAAGGCCGAAUACCCUGUUUUCCAAAAGGUGCGAGUAAAUGGUGAGAAAACGGCACCUGUGUACAAAUUCCUCAAGGCAAGUAAGCCAGGACUAUGUGGCUCCAGAAUCAAAUGGAAUUUCACAAAGUUCUUGGUCGGAAAAGAUGGCCGUGUCAUUGCUCGUUACGGACCGACCACUUCCCCCUUAUCAAUCGAGAAAGAUAUCAAGAAAGCCCUGGGAGAGGCAUGACAGCUUCUCUUACAUUGGUUUGCAUCAGAUGAUUAACAUCAACAUUAAACCCUAAUAAAACCCUUCACAACUUUCCCCAUAACUUCUACAUAUUUAAGAUAAAUUUCAUAUAUUUAAUAGCAUAUAUAAACACCAAAAUACUUGUCUGAUUCCAAAUCUGAAUGGUCUGGAUGAGAGUGAAGAGGAGGAGAAUGACAGCGUGGCCGUCCCUUUCCACAUGUCCUGUUGUACGAGCUUUUGUAAUGACAAUUGAACGAUACGGUUAUAUCGUAAUAGCGGGAGUUUCCCUUCCAGAACCCAAAGCAGAGAUUGUUCACCAUAUCAGCCACUGAGCGAGUGUCCCUCAACGUGUUGUGUAUCACUCCCUUUCAUUUGUACACACAUCAUAUAUCAGUGUGUCAUUUGAUCGAGAGAAUGUCCACAUAGUUUAUGGUUCUUUA